GAAAAUCUUAAAUCAAAAUGUUCUUUCCAAUCACCAAUCUAUGCCACAUUGACAAAGCGCCAAAAUAAGUCUGAAGUCUCGGAAAUGGCAAAGAAAAAUGAUACAUCACGUUGGAUCAAUGUUUCAGUGGUGGGACUUUCGGGCACAGAGAAAGAAAAAGGAGCUGUGGGAAUUGGUAAAUCAUGCCUGUGUAACAGAUUCAUGAGAUUUUUUGCUGAUGACUUUAAUGUUGAUCAUAUUUCUGUUUUAAGCCAGUCUGAUUUUAGUGGACGCGUAGUUAAUAAUGAUCAUUUCUUAUACUGGGGAGAUGUUACAAAAACAUCUGAAGAAGGUGUUGAUUUCACUUUUCAAGUCAUAGAACAAACUGAAUUUAUAGACGAUUCGUCAUUUCAACCAUUCAAAGGAGGCAAAAUGGAUCCAUAUGUCAAACGCUGUGCAGCCACUAAAAUCACAUCAGCAGAAAAAUUAAUGUAUAUAUGUAAAAACCAAUUAGGCAUUGAAAAGGAGUAUGAGCAAAAGGUGUUACCUGAUGGUAAAUUUAACGUUGAUGGUUUUCUUUGUGUGUUUGAUGUCAGUGUAGUACCUAGUCGUAGUAUAGAAAAACAAUUAGAAGCUGUGACUAAUAUUUUAUUUAAUGUAAUUAAAACAAAAAAACCCGUGGUAUUAGUAACUACAAAAAAUGAUGAAUUUAAUGAAGCAUAUGUACGAGAAGUUGAAAAACUUGUAUCUCGUAAAGAAUUUAAGGGAGCUAUACCAAUUGUUGAAACAUCGGCACAUCAGAAUAUUAAUGUUGAUACAGCUUUCAUUGCAUUAGCUCAUCUAAUUGAUAGAUUUAAAGGCCGUACAAAAAUAGUUCCUUAUUUGGAAUCUGUUCGUAUGCGAAAAGAAGUCUUAGAAAGUACUACUGAUGCAUACCAGACAUUGAUACAAUCACAAGUCACCGAUUACCGUGCAUUAUGGAGUCAAACAUCAAAAAAGCUUUCAAAAUGCGAUGAGUAUAUUAAGUACAGAGACAUAUUUGGAUCAGAUAAAGCACAAAGACUUUUUAGGAGACAUGUUAAAAUGUUAAAAGAUGAACAAGUAUCUAAAAGAGUACAAAACUACAUGGAAAUGUUGCCCGAUAUAUUACAAGAAUUAGUACCUGAAAUUUCUACUUUGAAAGAUGGUGAUUGGCCUACCGUUCAAAAACACAUCAAAGAUCAUCCAGAUUUUAAUCAUUAUUUUUAUAAAUGUCCUGAUGAUAUUCCAUGGACAGAAUGUGAAUUAGAGUUGCAAGAAGAAGGUAGUGAAAGGGAUGAAAAAAGAAUUCCUUGUGAUGUCUUAGAAACUGGAGAAGCUGAAUCAGUAUUUAAAAAUCAUGCUAAUAAUUUACAACAGGAACAAAAUCGGAAGGAAUGGAAAAAACAAUUUAAGCAACUGUUACAAGAUGCUGGUUAUGUAACUCCUGGUAAACCAAUGUCUGAAGUUAGAGUGCUUUUUAUGGGCCGUGAAUGUUUUGAAGCAUUAUCACACGAUGAUUGCCAAUAUAUUUAUGAUAAACACCAAAAAAGUAUAAUUGAAAAAGCUAAACACAAUUUUCAGGAGUUAUUACUCGAACAUGCAGAUCUAUUUUACCAUUUCAAAAGUAUAGCACCGACAGGAACCAUUACUCAAGAUGAUAUAAAAGAAAUAACUGAUGAUUUAAAAGAAGAUUCUAGGUAUAAAGCUUUAGACAGGCUGGACCAAGAUAGAAAAUUAAUGCUUUUCCAACAUUUGGGUUUUGUGCAUUGUCCUAUUAGAGAACACUGUCCAGCCUUUCCUAAUUGUAUGGACGCAUUAAUUGAAAAGCUUUUAAGUGAUAGAGUUCAAAAACCUACGUCUGGAAAUAAUAAACAAUGGAUGAUAAAGUCUGACAAUAAUUUACAUUUAGUAAUAUUAGGAUCUAACGGUUUGGCAGAUGAAUUUUCUGCUAAGUUAAAAGCACAAUGUGAUAAUAAAGAAUAUGAAUUAGAUAACCAAAUAUAUAAACUGAAAUAUCGAGUCAUUAAUGGCGAUGUAAAUCUGUCACAAAACUCAUUCCAAACACCUGAUUUUAAACCUAAUGGUUGUGUUUGUGUUUAUUCAAAUUCUGAAUCAUUUGAGUAUAUACGAGAUAGUCUCGAAAAAACAUUACUGUCUAAUUUAGAGAAGGAUGAUAAACUGCCAUUUGAAGGAUUGCCUAUAAUUUUAUUAUACAUAAGUGAAUCUGGAAUUGGGCAAAAAGAUUUAACAUUGCAAAAAGAAGGCCAAAGCUUAGCUGACAGUUUGCAAUGUCCAUUUAUUGACAUGCCUGUAGAAGAUGGAGAUACAUCAAUGUUUGAUGCAGAUUUGAUUUCUAAUGCGAUGAAGUUGCUUGUUGAAAGUAUAACUCACCGAGUUGGAUUUUUAAAUGAGUAUCAAUCAAUUAUGGACCCAUCUGAUCCAGAUAUACGCAUUAUUAUGUGUAUGUUUUGUGAUGAUCCAUACUCUGUUGAAAGUAUAUUAGCACCACUACUAAGUCAUCAAUGUUGUUAUUUGAGUGGAGAUAGAAGUAUUAUUUUAGAAACAUUUCUUGGAUCCUCAAAGCGUAAAGUAGAAGUGAUUAUGUCCUCCUACCAUGGUGCAAAUGCCUUCCGUGAAGAAUUAGUACAUGGAUUUAUUUUAUCUUAUUAUGCCAAACGAAAAGCUUCAUUAGCUACACUAAAUGGGUUUUCUUGCAGUUCAUUCUCCACCAAUACUCCAAAUUUACCAAUCCAAAUAAUGGCUGUUACUGAACCAGUUGGAACUAAUUCAUUUCAUAACGAUAUUAGUCAACAGUUACUUAAUGAUGGUAGUUCAAUUGCUGACCGAUUAAAAGCACAAUUCGUUACAAUAGUUAAUUCAUUGAUGCAUAAAAGUUCAUUCUAUACUCCUUUUUUCAAAGAUGUUUGGGAAAAGAAAUCAGAAAUUGAACAAGCUUUUCACAUGGAAGAGCCAACAAUUUAUAGAAAAAUAAAUCCUUUAUCUAAAAUAGAAUAUUCUAAAAUGAAUCUUUCUUCACAUGACGGAAGUAGUAAUAAUGUAUAUGGAAGACUGCCUUGUGGAAUAACUCAGGAUGAUGACAGUUAUUCAUUAACACAUUCGCGUGAAAAUCUUAUGAGUCCAAGUGAUGAUAGUGAUACAUUUUCACCAGUAGACAACAUGCUUCAUGCCACAAAUAAUAAUUUAGAUAAACAAGGUGGUGGUAUUACAGGCUUUCAGGUGUUUCCUCGACCUACAACACCACCUGAACCCGCACCACCAGACCACGCUGGACUUGGUAUCAACAACAAUUCACAGAUGAUUGCUUCAAACUCCAGUCUUGAUGAAAUCACAUCAGAUGUUAGUGGAUCAAGAGAGUCAUUAGCAACACAUGACUCAGGAUGGGUUGACGAUUCUGUAUUUAUGCAAUGUGCUCCAAAUAACGAAAGUCUAUGGAUAAAUAAUUAUUCUAAACAUGCUUUUACUACGGGACGUCAUAUGUCCAAGUCUCGGAUUAAAAAUAGCAACCAUACUAUGAAGCAACCUGGUAAAUUAAAUAUGAAGGAUUAUACACUAGUCACAGAUGCMAUCUCUCGAAUGAAUCUCAUAAGUGGUAAAGAGCAAUACAAUCGAUCAUAUAAUAGUGGCGGUUCAUCUUAUAAUUGUGGUGCACCGUUAGCAACACCGGAAAAUGUAGAUUUAGGUUCUGAAUAUGCUCAGGUGAAAGAUGCAAUGCCCGGGCAUUAUCCAUUUGAUGGAGAUUAUUCAUAUACAUUAGUUCAAGAUAACCUUGCUGCAUCAAGUAAACAUAAGUUAAGGCACCGUAGAGAAAAAGGAAGGCCAAAUUAUUCAGAUUCUGAUAGUGAUUGGAGUUCAAUAGAAAGACGUGAACCAUUGUAUAAUUCAUCUAAUGACACAUUUUCAAAAUUGUCUCGUAGAUCAGCUACACAAAAACGUUCUAAGAAAAAGCGAACUGCCAUUCCUGUUGCUACACCUAAAGUUCCAUCAUUUAAUGUAUCUUCCAAUGGGUGUAGUAUGAAUUUUAACUCUCUGUCAGGACAGCUAGGUACUUUUUACUCGGAAGAUGCUAACAGUGAAAUUAAAAAUACUAAUAAUAUACCAACACCCCACCACCAGCCAAAUUCGGACUCAUCAACUGAUAAUUCUGAUGAUAAACCUAAUGUUUGGGUUCAUCCCUCAGUUAGAUUAAUGGAAAAAAGGUCUUUACGAUACAAACGUAAGCAAAUGGUUGCUCCACAACCUCCAGUUAUACCAUCUGGUGCUCUUAGUAAUAAAGAUUGUCAUAAUUUAACUGAAAGUGAAACGAUGUAUUCUACUAGACCUUCUCACAUGCAUGACUUAAGUUACAAUUUUGACGAAGAAUCUAGUUUGGACGUAUCUUCACCAAGAUGCAUGAACUCUCCAUCAGCAAUUGGCAAUUUAAAAGSAAAAGAAGAUGAUAAGUCUAUCAGAAGAAAAGAAAAACAAAGAGCUAAAGAAGAAAUCAAGUUGGAAAAAAGAAGAUUAAAAGAAGAAAAAUUAAGAAAAGUUGCAGAAGAGAGAGAAAAGAAAAAGAAAAGCAAAGUUAAAACUAGUGGUUCACCAAUGACACAUCAACCAACAUUAGAAAAUUUUGUUCAGUCUGAAAACAAUGUCAUUCCAUUAUUGUUAGAAAAAUGUGUCAAAUUUAUUGAAGCUGAAGGAUUAGAUUCUGAAGGUCUUUAUAGGGUACCAGGAAAUCGAUCUCAUGUUGAACUUCUAUUUCAAAGAUUUGAAGAUGAUAACGACAUAAAUGUUACAAAUCUUGACAUACCUGUUAAUGCUGUCGCGACUGCACUUAAAGAUUUUUUCUCAAAAAAAUUACCACCUUUGUUUACUGAAGACUUAAUGGAUGAGUUGGAAGAUUUAUCAGAUUUUUUUGUUUCAGUUAAAGCUGAUAGAAGUUGCCGUUUGAUGGCACUUCGGAAUCUUCUGAAAAAAUUACCAAACGUCAACUUUGAAAUCCUGAAAUUUAUAUUUCGUCAUUUUGUAAGAGUGGCUGAAAAUUGUAAAGCUAACAGCAUGGAUUCAAAAAAUAUAGCUAUAUGUUGGUGGCCAACUCUACUACCUAUUGAGUUUAAUGAUAUGGGACGGUUUGAACAAUUACGGCCACACUUAGAAGACACUGUGCAAACAAUGAUUGACCAGUAUCCAUUUUUAUUUUGUGGCAAAGAUGCAUUUGUCAUGGUAUGAAAUGCACAUGAACAUAACUGGUAAUGGACUAGAAAACAUCAAGUAUUUUAAUAUUUAUAAUAAUAAAUAAAACAUUUUUGCCCAUGAAUAAUAUGUAAUUCACAACUAAAAUAAUCCUAGCCAAAGAUAAAAGUUAUUUGUGUUGUUUUUAUAUCUAGAUUAAUCUAUUAUUAAGAAAUUAUACGUGUUUGCUAAAAUUGAAUAAUAAUUUUUAAAAAUAAAACUGCAUUAUAAUAUAUUGUAGCAAAACAUCUUUGAAUUGGCCUAGUUUGACAACUAUUACAUAGGCCGAUUAAAUACAUUUACAUAUAUAAAAAAAUUUUUAAAACAAUAAUGAACUUUGGUUGACUAAUUUUUUUUUUCAAUAAUACAAUUUACUAGAUAAGUUUAUAGUGUGUUAAGUUAGUGUGAAUUUGAAUGUUUUUAUACAACCAAUUUGUCUAUGGUGCUUUUAAAAUUAGCUAUAUUUAGUUGCUAAAGACGAAUAGUUCAUUCUCCUUAAAUAUAAUUACUUUAUUUUAAAUUUAUUUAAUUGUUAGUCAAUAAUUAUGAAUGUAAUAAAUUUAUCCAAUUUUUUUGUACUUUACUUAUACCAGUGAUUUAGCCAAUGUUUAUUAUUUUGUUUAUUAAUUUUAAUUACGAUAAACUAUGAUAUUUCUAAUAAUAAUUAGUUAAAUACUCAGUUACAAUCCCAAUACUUGUUGUUUAAUGCAGAAGUUAAUAUUAAGUUGUAUUUAUUUUAUUAACUUAACAUAAAAUCAUCUGUAUGACUUUAUAAUUUUCUUCCUUUCCUUUUUUUUUAGCUUAAGCCCUCUAGUCACUUCUCUAAUAUGUCAGUCAAUUUUUUUUGAUAGUUUUUUUUUUAAUGAUAUAUAAUAUGUAAUUUUCCUAAAUAUCUAUGAUUCAAAUUGGAAUAUUUUUGUACUAUACCACACUUCAUAUUAGAUUUAACUGUUAUUCUCCACUAUUAAAUAGUGUAGCCUAUUUGUUUUUCUCUAUUGCUGAUAACUUUAUUUAAAUGUCACAUGUUGUAUAAAAAUGCAUAUGUAUAAUUGAUACAUAUUAUCUUAGACUAGGUUUAGUCCUCCUUUUAGAUUAUUUAUUUUUAUCUAAGUUUGUCUUUGAUUAUAAAUAAUAUAUUAGUUUUUUA